AUGUUUUAUUGUAAUGCAAGGAUCUUGAGUAAUUUUAGGGCCAACAGGACAAGGAUUUUUGAACAGCAGGCAAAAGAGAAGGCGGCCAGGGACAAGGAUCAUGGAGGAUCAAAUGCCACGGCAAGUGUAGACGUUGGAGCUGAGGCUAAAGAAGGAGAAAAAAAGGACAAACCCUAUCUUAUUGCAGGAUUCUUCCAUCCUUAUUGUAAUGCAGGAGGUGGUGGGGAACGCGUUCUAUGGACAGCGAUUCGAGAGAUUCAGGAGAAAUAUCCACAUGUUAUAUCUAUCGUCUAUACAGGAGAUACAGAUGCCACAAAGGAUGAUAUCCUUGAACGAGUCCGAACGCGUUUCAACAUUAAUCUAGACUCAUCCUUAGUUGGCAUUGAGUUUCUUCAAAAGCGUUUUUUGGUAGAGAGUACUCAAUGGCCUCGAUUUACAUUAAUUGGACAGAGCAUUGGAUCCGUUGUUUUAGGAUGGGAAGCAUUAAGGCGUGUGGUGCCUGAUAUCUGGAUCGAUACUAUGGGAUACGCAUUUACAUACCCAGCAGCAAGGAUGUUUGGCAACUGUCAAGUGGUGGCCUAUGUACACUACCCAAUCAUUAGCUCUGACAUGAUUGGUCGCGUCGCCAGCCGUGAGAGUGCACACAAUAAUGCUGAUCAUGUGGCCAAGAGUCUAUUUUACACUACACUGAAGCUGAUCUACUAUCGGAUGUUUGCAGUCCUAUAUGCGGUCGUUGGCUCCUUUGCGGAUAUUGUCAUGGCUAACUCUUCAUGGACAAAGGGUCACAUUGAUUCACUCUGGAAAAUUCAAUCGACAGUGGUCUAUCCACCUUGUGAUACUGAAGCAUUUAAAGACUUUUCAUUGGCAAAUCGCGGGAGGAUCAUUGUGAGUGUUGCGCAAUUUCGGCCGGAAAAGGGACAUGGCUUGCAAUUAGAGGCCAUGGCACAACUAUUGAAAGACCAUCCAGAAUACCGCCAAAAGGUGGACCAAGGGGCCAAUAAGGCAGACAAUCCACAAGCAGUACAACUAGUCAUGGUUGGAAGUGCUCGCAACGAGUCGGAUCAACGCCGGAUUCAGCAAUUGAGGGAUAAAGCUGCUGAGCUUGGCAUUUCUGACAACGUGCAGUUUGUAGUGAAUGCUCCUUUUAAGGUCCUUCAAGAGUGGCUAGCACGUUCCAAGAUUGGUAUCCAUGCCAUGUUGGAUGAGCAUUUUGGAAUCGGCGUCGUUGAGUACAUGGCCGCAGGAUUAAUUCCGGUAGCUCACAACUCUGCAGGACCCAAAAUGGACAUUGUACGGCCGUUCCAUAACCAGCCUACUGGGUAUUUGGCCAUUACACCUCAGGAGUUUGCCGAUGCAAUCCACAAAGUGCUCACCACACCUGAUGAUAGACUGCUGGAUAUGCAACUUUGUGCUCGAGAUAGUGUUCAGGAACGUUUCUCAGAAAAAGUCUUUAGCGACCAGAUCCAGAAAUGCUUGCACAAGGUUCUCUCGCGUGAGAAGGUCACCAUCUUUGGAACCAAGCUUAUUGACCCACCACAAGAAGUGCUUGCACUGGCACAAGAACAAACACAAAAAGAGUAA